GUGGGAAAUCCAAAGUUGAAAUACACUUAUAAACUGCUCUUUUUAGGUUAAGUACAAGUCUAUAUAUUAAAUACACACGUCCCCAAAUUUAUUAGUAAUAUAGGAAAACAUGGAUGUCAACAAAAGAAGGAUCGGUGUGGUUGGUUUCGGCAGUUUAGGUCAAUACUUGGUAGAAGAAAUACAAGCAAGACCAGAAUUAGAACUUGCAUUUGUUUGGAACAGAUCUAAGGAAACCAUGCAACAGAAACUGGAUGAAAGGCUUAUCUUAAAUGAUUUGUCCAAGUUUUCUGAAAGAAAUGCUGAUAUAAUUGUUGAGGUUUGCCAUCCAAAAAUAUCAGAGCAGUAUGGAGAGAGUUUCUUGGAGAAUGCAGAUUAUAUGGUUGGGUCACCAUCUGCACUGGCCAACCAGGACACUGAAGACAAGUUACGUAAUGCUGCAAAGCAUCAUGGGAUGUAUAUUCCUAGUGGUGCAUUCUGGGGAGGAGAGGACAUAAAAAAGAUGGCGGACCGUGGAACUUUACAGGCACUAAAGGUUACAAUGACAUUUCACAGAGACAGUCUAAAGCUAUGUGGACAGUUAGAAGAUAAGAAUAAAAAUAUCAAAGAUAAUUGUACAGUGUUAUAUGAUGGUCCAGUACGAGGCCUCUGUCCUCUUGCCCCCAACAAUGUCAACACUAUGGCUGCCGCCUCAAUAGCUGCACACAAUCUAGGCUUUGACAAUGUACAAGGAUGUCUGAAAUCUGAACCAAAUUCGUUGGAUUUCCAUAUAGUUGAGGUAGAGGCUUGGGGACCUGGUAAUAUUGAACAAGGGACUGCCUUCCAUGUGCGUACAGUUAGAAAGAAUCCUGCAAAAGUUGGUGCUGUUUCGGGGAAAGCCACCUAUGCAUCAUUUCUCAGUAGUUUAUUAGGUGCUCAUGGGAAAGGACCUGGUGUGCAUUUAUGUUAAUUAUCACAGGACUUAUGGGAACCCACCUGUUGUGCUCAAUACCACAUAACCAGUCAGAACCAUCACAGAGUGACUUAAUGUGGAACAAUGUUAUAAAAAGAGAAUAAGGAAUUAAAAAGAGUGGAUCAAUUUACAACAUCUCACAACUACAUGAACUUAGCUUAUGUGAAAAAUAAUUUGGCGGUUGUGUUUUAAAUGGAAAGUAUUCAUGAAAAGACUGGAAUCAGUGUGAAAUAAAGUAAACAGAAACUAAACAAAGGAGCAUUAAGCAGUUGGCGUAAAAUAAGCAAAACCAGAAAAAUAGAGUUAAAAGUGUAGGAGUGAAACUUCUAGCACCUUUGAUCAUGUACUUUAAGGUGGAUUCCAUCAAUGUUGAUCUAUAACAUAUUUUAGGAUAAAUAAGUAUAUUGCUGAAAUAUAUUUUGUUGUGAGAUUUAGUACU